AUGGCCGAAGAGAAGUCGACCAAGAGCUCGCUUGCUGCUCUUCGCGAGAGCGCCAUAGAGGUCGUCAAGGGGCUGGCAGAUACCUUUGAAGACGGACUAGACACCUUUGCCAUUCGCAAUCCCAUCUUGCCCAGCCGUGAGGAGCGGCCGUCCAGGUUUAUAGGGGCGAUUGAUCAAGGCACCACCAGCACUCGGUUCAUCAUCUUUGACCUCCAGGGGAACAUUGCUGCCUCUCAUCAGACUGAACUUGGCCGGGUACAUGAUCAGCCUGGAUGGCACGAACAAGAUCCGGAAGAGAUUGUCUCCACUGCACAAAAGUGCAUAGAACAGGCAACGAAGUCGUUUAUCAAUAACGGGCACGCUGUCAGUGAGAUUGAGGUUCUGGGAGUUACCAACCAGCGAGAGACAACGAUCGUUUGGGACUGGGAGACCGGUAAGCCGCUAUACAACGCUAUAGCCUGGCCAGAUACUCGUACCAAGUCCAUAGUCAGAGAGCUCAAGGACAAAGGCGCCGAUGAGCUGCAGGAAAUUUGUGGUCUGCCCAUAUCCACAUACUCGUCGUCCGCCAAGCUGGUAUGGCUGCUCCGCAAUAUACCAGAGGUAAAGUCUGCCUAUGAUGCUGGUAACCUGGCCUUCGGUACUGUUGACACUUGGCUGUUGUAUAAUCUCAAUGGUGGCAAAGAGAACAAAGUAUUCGUAACCGACGUAUCGAAUGCUUCACGGACAAUGUUCACUAACCUACAUACCCUCCAAUACGACGACAAGCUACUCAACUUUUUCGGCCUAGAUAAGUCAAAGCUGAGACUACCAAAAAUAGUUCCCUCUGCAGAUCCCACAGCGUUUGGACAGUUGGCCACCGGAGUCCUCAAGGGAGUUCGGAUCAUGAGUUGUCUGGGUGACCAGUCUGCUGCGUUGGUAGGCCAUGAAGCAUUUGAGCCUGGCAUGGCUAAAAAUACUUAUGGAACCGGCUGCUUUUUGCUCUACAACGUUGGUGAAAAGCCAGUCAUAUCCUCCCAUGGACUUCUCGCAACUGUGGGAUACCAGCUUGGCGCCAACGCAAAACCGGUAUAUGCCUUGGAAGGUAGCAUAGCCGUUGCCGGAAGCGGCGUUAAUUUUCUCAUGAAUAACUUGGGCUUCUUCCGAGAUGCCAGAAGGGUAGAUGACGAGGCUUCCAGUGUACAAGAUAACGGUGGCUGCGUUUUCGUUACUGCAUUCAGCGGUCUUUUUGCUCCUUAUUGGAUCGAUACCGCAAAAGGAACAAUAUUUGGUAUCACACAGCAUACUAAGAAAGGUCAUAUCGCCCGAGCAACUUUAGAAGCAGUAUGUUUCCAAACCAAGGCCGUCUUGGACGCUAUGGAACGUGAUAGUGGACAAAAGCUUGCUGAGCUGAGAGUGGACGGCGGCCUAAGUACUUCUAACGUCUGCAUGCAAUCACAAGCAGAUAUCAUUCGCAUACCUGUAAAACGCCCAGCAAUGCACGAAGUAACAGCUCUAGGAGCGGCAAUUGCCGCUGGGAUCGCCAUCAAAAUCUGGGAUGGCCCUCAAAACUUGGAUGGGCUCAAGCAAUCUGACAAGACAGUGUUUGAACCCAAACUUCCCGAAGAAGAAAGCAAUCGAAUUUAUAAAAAGUGGUCCAAGGCUGUCGAGAUGUCCCGAGGCUGGAUGGACAGCAGUGACUGA